UCCCAACUUCGCUCGCCGGCCAAGACCCAGCACCCGCUCACAAGCCACAUGCAGUCGGUCGCGUCAUCCUUCGUGUCCGAGGCCGGCCCGGACGGCGGGUGGGACCUCGAGCCCACCGAGUGGGACCAGAGCGGCAUGGGCUCCUCCACCCUCGUCGUGGACGAUGAGGACUCGAGCGGGCGCUCUGGCUUUGUCACCGAGCAGCACAACCUCGUGCCGCACGGCGUGAUCGGGGCCGAGUACCGGUCGCUCAAGGCGUCGGCGAACGGCGCAGUCGGGAUCGCCUCCCUCCCCACCCCGCAGCGCGACCCCUACCAUGGCCGCUGCGUCGAGCCGAGGACGUCGCGCGAGCCGGGGCGGGAGUCGUUCAACCUGAUGGUGGUGGGCGAGGCCGGCCUCGGCAAGACCACCCUCCUCGAGUCGUUCUUCAAGUCUUUUCGCGACGAAGACGCAACGUCCGCGCUGUUCGAGCGAAAGGAGACGCAGAAGGUCAUCGAGACGCGGAGGCUGCUCGAGGACGCGGGCACCAGGCGCGACACGCGCGACAUCGCCGAGCGGGCGAUGAAGGCGGCCGCCGAGACGGGCAAGUACAAGGAGGCCAGAGGGGCUAGCUGUGAACAGCGUCUCUUCACACCUGCAGCCGUGAGCAGGCAAGUACAAGGAGGCCAAGCAGUGCGAGGAGGAGAUCGCCCGCCUCAGCCGCGAGAUGGCCUCGCUGUCCGAAGAGCUCAAGGUGCUCCGCGCCGCCGACGAGAAGCGGCGCGUCGAGCUCCAGACGCUGCGCGAGAACGCGAGAGCCACGCGGAUGGAGAUGAAGCGGGCGGCGGACGCGCGCGACUUCGCGCUGGCCGCCGAGAAGCAGGCCGAGGCGGCGGCGCUGCAGCUUGAGUGCGAAACGCUGCAGUCGGCGCUGCGCGAGAUGCGGCGCGACCCCACGACGGGCGCGGCGGCGUGCGCUGAAGGAGACGAGGGCGACGAGGACCACUCCAAGAAGUCUCUGACCUCUUCGACGGUGCGCGUCUCGCGGUUCGACCCGUUUUGCAUCACCGUCGGCAAGCACGAGCUCGUGGUGAGCCUGAUCGACACUCCGGGCUACGGCGAGAACCUGAACACGGUCGACUCGUUUGACGUGAUCACGUCGCACGUGGAGGGGCUCUUCGAGGCGCAGCUGGUCGCAGAGACGUCCGGCGCCGAACGCGACUACGAGAGGCUGCGGAACGAGGACCCUCUGGUGCACGUCUGCCUCUACUUCAUCGCGCCGCACCGGCUCAAGCACAUCGACGUCGAGUUCAUGCGCCGGCUGCACAAGAAGGUCAACAUCGUGCCGAUCAUCGCAAAGAGCGACACGAUGACCACCAAGGAGAAGGAGGAGUUCAAGCUCCAGGCCCGCGAGA